CACAGUAUCAUGAGAAGUGUCAGAAGUGCCAAUUUUCCCACCGCAAGUGAAGGCGGCUAAACUUCAGCGCACUUGUGCAAAGUCAGUGACCUCAGAGCAGGAGCCGCCGAUAAACAAACUAAACUGAAGCACGACUUCCUCCGCUCAUACUCACACUGUCCGGGCUGAGCUGCGGCUGGUGAUAUUCGCGGCCAUGCACUGUGUGAGAGCGCUGCGUCUGACACAACUCGUCGUCAGAAACACAGGAGACGUGGUGAGGAAGACUUGCAUCAUCCAGCCAACAUGUUGUCUCUGCUCCAAGUCCUCAGCCGAGUCCCAGCGACAAGCGCCCACACUCUCUCACCUCCCAGUGAAUGCGCACUCAAAGUCCCCCAGUCUGGGAUUGGAGACCAUGCUUUUCUACACCAUCACAGAGGGAAAAGAGCAAGUUCCUAUCUCAUUCUUUACCUCAGCCUUGAGGAGAACUGGCCUUCAUCCUUCUGACCCUCGUCUAAAGGGCUGCAUGGAGAAGCUUCGGCGAGCCGUGAGGGAAUCUGCUGGUGAGGUGAUGAUGGACAGAGACCUUUUCCACAGAUGUGUUUGUGGAAACAUUGUUCUGCUGAUUCAGGCCUUCAGGAAGAGGUUCGUCAUCCCCGAGUUUGAUGCGUUUGCAAAAAAGAUAAAUGAAAUUUACAAAAGAGGGCAAAAUCAAAAUGAGGGCAAGGUUGCACAAUACAUCCCCCAGUUGGCCAAGUUUAGCCCUGAUCUCUGGGGCGUGUCUUUGUGUACAGUGGAUGGCCAGAGGCACUCGGUCGGUGACACCAAGCAGCCGUUCUGUUUGCAGUCCUGUGUGAAGCCCCUACAGUACGCCAUCGCCGUGCACGAGUCGGGAACGGAGAGCGUUCACCAAUAUGUUGGCAUGGAGCCCAGUGGGCUCAAGUUCAACGUGCUGUCACUUGAUGAUGAAGAUAAGCCUCACAACCCGAUGGUGAACGCUGGAGCCAUAGUGAUCAGCUCUCUUAUCAAGCCUCAUUCUAAUAAGGCAGAGAAGUUUGACUAUGUCAUGGAGUUUGUGAAAAAUAUGGCUGGCCAAGAAUAUGUUGGAUUCAGCAAUGCCACGUUCCAGUCAGAAAAAGAAACUGGCGACAGAAAUUUUGCCAUUGGAUACUACAUGAAAGAGAAGAAGUGUUUUCCUCCAUCAGUGGAUAUGAUAGAUGCUCUGGACUUCUACUUCCAGCUUUGCUCUAUUGAGGUGACCUGUGAGUCGGGGAGCAUCAUGGCGGCCACUCUUGCCAACGGGGGAAUUUGUCCAAUCACGGGCCAGCGUGUCCUGAGUGCUGAGGCUGUACGGAACACUCUGAGUCUCAUGCACUCAUGUGGCAUGUAUGACUUCUCUGGGCAGAUGGCUUUUCAUGUUGGAUUACCUGCCAAAUCUGGUGUGUCUGGUGCAAUACUGCUGGUGAUUCCCAAUGUCAUGGGCGUGAUGUGUUGGUCUCCUCCACUGGACAGAGUUGGAAACAGCGUCCGAGGCAUAAACUUCUGUCAGGAGCUCGUGUCGCUCUUCAAUUUCCACAAUUACGACAACUUACGGCACUUUGUGAAGAAACAGGAUCCUCGCAGGCAAGAAGGCGACGACAGGAACAAGUCUGUUUUCAGCUUGAUGUUUGCUGCAUACAGUGGAGAUGUGUCAGCCCUAAGAAGGUUUGCUCUCUCGUCCAUGGACAUGGGUCUCAAAGACUAUGACUCUCGGACAGCACUGCACAUCGCUGCAGCAGAGGGUCACAUCGACGUUGUAAAGUUUCUUACAGAAACUUGCCAAGUUGAUCCAUUUGUAAAGGACAGGUGGGGGAACCUUCCAGUUUAUGAUGCCAUGCAGUUUGGACACAGUGAGGUAGUGGAGGUGCUGAAUCACUACCAGCAGGUGUGCAGCCAGGAGGAGACACUGCGCACUGAAGCUGAGCCGUCCCCAAAGCUGGACACCAUCGAGAGCAUAGUGUGACUAAAAGUGUUUAAAAGCAUGGAGUGAAAAAAACAGAAUCAAGUGAAUUGGUUCAUCUUGACAAUCUCUUUACCUGUUGUGCCUCUUAGCACUGAAACAGUGCUUCACGUUUUAUAACAUGGGAUUCAUUAUAUCUGUUUUGUUCACUCAGCUGUAAAUAACUAUACUGGAUUUCCUCAUACAGAUUCAAGAGAAUCCUGUAUUAUUUAUAGACAUUCAAACGCUGCAUAAACUUUAAAUUACCCAAGCUAAUUUAUUAUGUAUACAUUUAUAUAUUUUCUUUUUUUGACAUUGAACUCAUCCAUUAAACAUAUUUCAUUAAAUUAUAUUUCAUCUGCC